CCCCAGCCAUGGCCGACGUGGAGGACGGAGACGAGCCCGGCAUCUCUACUACUCACUCGGGUUCUUCCGGCGCCAAAGCUGGCGGCGUCGACAAAAUGUUCUCGCUGAAGAAGUGGAACGCCGUGGCCAUGUGGAGCUGGGACGUCGAGUGCGACACCUGCGCCAUCUGCCGGGUGCAGGUCAUGGAUGCCUGUCUUAGAUGUCAAGCUGAAAACAAACAAGAAGAUUGCGUUGUGGUCUGGGGAGAGUGUAAUCAUUCCUUCCACAAUUGCUGCAUGUCGCUAUGGGUGAAACAGAACAACCGUUGCCCUCUCUGCCAGCAGGACUGGGUAGUCCAAAGAAUAGGCAAAUAACACUGUUUUCAGCUAUUGCACCAAAAUUGUUUGAAAUGAUAUACAACUAAUGGUAUACUUUCUCUAUGAAGGAAGUCACAGUGUGGCGAAAUCCAUCGUAUUUAUUUAUGUCUACAUAGGGACUUGGAUUUGAAAUUUUUGUAUAAGUUUACUGGGUUUUUUUUGUCUAAAAAUCUUCCAUCAGGAACUUAGCUGCAGUAUUUAAGAAUAUAUGUAAAUAUUUAAUAUGAACACUUCAUUGUUUGAGAAUUAUUUAGGACUUAUAGAUCUAUAAUUAUUAAUAUGAGCAAUUUCAGCUUGAAAUAUUGCUAUUUUUCUCAACAUGAAGUUAUUAGUUAAUAAUUGAGGUGCAUUGUUUUUAUUUUGGUUUUAUUAUUUCUUUAGGUAUUGAUAAAUGCUUGUUAUAGUGCUUUAAGUUAAAAUUGAAUUGACUGCCUUUUCAAAGUAUGUACUUUCUUCACACGCAAUUAAAUCUUUUAUCCUUGUGAAA